UGUUUUACAAUAACAAUAAAUAAUCUUAGUCGUAGUCUAUAAAAUUUAUUUUUUAAUAUUUACCACUAUUAGAUAGCGUUAUAGACUAGUAUAUACUUACGAUUAAGAACCUACUGAUAUAGAACUAUUACAAUAUACAAGUUUUCAAAAAGUAGGAAUCACGGUGAUAUUAAAUUGCUAUAUGAAAACAGGACAUUCAAGACUAUUCUCUUAAAAGAAAUAACGAAGUUGAACUUAGUUGAUUGGACAUAUUACAUUUUCCUUUUAACCCACUUAUGUAAAUAAUUACAAUAAUGAUCGAACUUUCGGCCAAGUUGACUACUGGGACUGUGUAUUUAGCUGGUGAAGCUUUAGAAUGUUGUGUUACAUUUAGUCAUCAGCCACAGCCUGAACAUAGAGAUUCACAGAGCCACAGUGAUAUUUUGGAAAAUUUGGCAUGGGCCUCUGCACAAAUACAUUGUUUCUUUUCCACAUCAAAGAAUAGUGGAGAGAAGUCAUCAACAGUUGAAAAGACCACAUCACUAGAAGUAACAUCAUGUGAUCUUGGAGAUGUAGUUUUUAAUACAAAACCAAAAAUAUUGUUUUGUGACCUGACAAUACCAUUAGGAGAAACAAAGAGAUUUUGGUAUCGAGAGUCAUUACCAAUCGAAGCUCCUCCAUCAUACAGAGGUAAAUAUGUCAAAUACUCCUACAAAGUGACAAUAGCAACACAAAGAGUGGGUUCUCACAUAAAGAUGGCAAGAAUACCCUUUAGAAUUUUACCAAUCAGCCCAAUAAUGAACAUGCAAGACCUUGCUGCACUGUGUGGUAAUGAGACAACUGAUGAGUUGCAACCCACUAAUCCUUUUUCCGAGGAGAGAAAAGUUGAAACACCAUUGACCAUGGCAUUACAAGUUUUGCAGAAUCUCACGGCGAGAAGGAGUCCAAAUUCGUAUAUGAUAACGAACACUAGAGGCAAGGUUGGAAGAUUCUGCUUGUUUAAGUCUGCAUAUAAACUUGGCGAGGACAUUGUUGGUACCUUUGAUUUCUCUGUUGGGACUGUAACUUGUAUGCAGGUUUCAGUCUCACUGCAGCCUGAAGAAGUAGUAAAAAAGAAGAUUCCAACAAAAACUAAUAAUAUAGACACAAGCAGUAGAUCUAUGACAGUAGCUCGGUACCAUGAAGUAACCCUUGGUCUUUCACAUUCCGAGCUCAUUCUACCAAUACCUCUACACAUCACACCAGCGUUUGACACCGAAGAAGUGUCUCUCACUUGGCGAUUACACUUUGAAUUUGUGACGACUAAUGAAAAGUUAAUGCCAAAUAAGGAAGAAAGUGAUUGGAAUGCUCCAUUAAAUGUACCAAUAGAAACUAUGGUAUGGAAUCUUCCUGUCAAAAUAUAUUCCACACUACCUAAACAGAUCACACAGUCUGCGGGAAAUGAUGCAUACACUAUGUUAAUUAAAUAAGUUACUAUUAUAAAUAAAAUAUAUUAUAAUGUUCUUAA